UCGUGUCAUAUCUUAUUCGCUAGAUACUUCACGUUUGGAUUUGUGCUGUGUAUUUUGUGGAGUUUCAGCCUCUUAUUUGUGUGGUUUCAGCGAUGGAGAGCGUCACUCUCACAGGCGCCCUGAAGAAGGCCGCCGCCGAUUUCCCCUCCCGCCUCGCCAUCGCAGUCCCCGGCCGCGUCGAGCUCUCCCACGCCCGCCUUCAACAGAUCGUUGACGGCGCCGCUGCGCGUCUCGUCGCCGCCGGACUCCGCACUGGCGAUGUCGUCGCCCUUGUUUUCCCUAACACCGUCGAGCUUGUGAUCGCCUUCUUGGCCGUGAUCCGCGCUCGAGGCGUGGCGGCGCCGCUAAAUCCCGCGUACACGCGGGAGGAGUUUGUGUUUUAUAUCUCUGAUUCGGAGUCGAAACUGUUGUUGACCAACGUCGAAGGUAACGCGGCGGCAGAGGCUGCGGCGGCGGAGAUCGGGAUUCCUCGCGCUGCCGCCUCUCUCCCUGACCCUUCUGGUGCGCUGGAGAUAUCCCUUCCUGUCGUCCAGGCGGAGGCCAACGUCGUUGGCUCUUCUUUCGCGGGAUGCCUCAACGACCCCUCCGAUGUUGCUCUGUUCCUGCACACAUCCGGCACCACAAGCCGGCCUAAGGGGGUGCCACUCACCCAGCUCAACCUGGCUGCCUCCGUUAAGAACAUUCGAUCUGUUUACCGGCUCAGGGAGACUGAUUCCACCGUGAUCGUCCUUCCCCUGUUCCACGUCCACGGCCUGGUCGCUGCCCUCCUCUCGUCGCUUUCGGGCGGCGCCGCCGUGACACUCCCUGCCGCCGGACGCUUCUCCGCCUCCGCCUUCUGGGCCGAUAUGCGGGCCUCCGGCGCCACCUGGUACACCGCAGUCCCGACCAUCCACCAGAUCCUCCUCGACCGCCACGCCUCCCGGCCCGAGCCGGCCUAUCCCCACCUCCGCUUCAUCCGCAGUUGUAGUGCAUCGCUGGCGCCGGCUAUUCUAGAGCACUUGGAGGCCGCCUUCGGCGCGCCGGUGCUCGAAGCGUACGCGAUGACAGAGGCCUCGCAUCAGAUGGCGUCCAACCCACUGCCAGAGGACGCCCCAAGGAAGCCCGGCGCUGUGGGGAGGCCGACGGGGCUGGAGAUGGCGAUCCUGGACGAGGACGGCGCCCGCCGCCCGCCCAACGUGCCCGGCGAGGUCUGCAUCCGGGGACUCAACGUAACCAAGGGCUACAAGAACAACCCCGAGGCCAACAAAGCGGCUUUCGCUUUCGGCUGGUUCCACACCGGCGACGUCGGCUUCCUCGACGAGGAGGGCUACCUCCAUCUCGUCGCCCGCAUCAAGGAGCUCAUCAACCGCGGAGGCGAGAAAAUAUCCCCAAUUGAGGUCGACGCGGUGCUACUCGACCACUCGGACAUCGCCGAGGCGGUAGCAUUCGGCGUGCCGGACGACAAGUACGGCGAGGAGAUAAAUUGCGCGGUGGUUCCGAGGGAAGGGGCGGAGAUCGACGAGGACGAUGUCGUGAGGCAUUGCCGGAAGAAUCUGACGGCGUUCAAGGUGCCGAAGAAGGUAUUCAUCACUGAUUCGCUGCCGAAAACUGCAACGGGGAAGAUCCAACGGCGGAUGGUGGCCGAGUGCUUCGUAUCUCCCGCCAAGGCUCCAAGGGCCGGCGCUUAAUUAAGCGUAUUAAUUAUGACUAAAAUAAAUCCAUUUACUAUCCAAAAGAAAAAAAAAACAUAUAUACUAUUUAGUUUAAUGCAGUAUAUAUAUAAAGUUUUUUUUUUAUUUAUAUGUGGAACGAGACUAAGUGACGUCUCGUGUUGGCUUUCUUUAAUUAUCAAUGAAAUUUGAAUGUUCGUUCGUUUUUUAAAUAAAUUCUGUCAUUUACCUGUCA